GUAACAGUUAUUUUAAACAGGUUUAAAUGUUCAUAAAACAACAAAUGCGGAAAUGUUAAUUUGGCUAACAUUCAUUAUCCAAAUUCAAAUACUAUUCUUGGCUUUAGAAAUGCACGCGCAAAGUGCACUCGAUACUCUUGAGAUAGUCAAUUACCAGACAACCAAAUACACACUUGCGGAGCAUUGGCCACAAGAGGAGGCGAAUGAAGAUGAUGAUGCUAAACUUGAAGAAAGUCUACUGAAAUUCGGCAAUGAUGAUGAAGAGCCGUCCACUAGCAGAAAGCAAACACUGUUUGAGGGCGCGUUCUGCAGACGCAGCUUCGAUGGACGUAGCGGCUAUUGCAUCUUAGCGUAUCAGUGUCUGCACGUCAUACGGGAAUAUCGUGUGCACGGCACUCGCAUUGAUAUCUGCACGCAUCGCAACAACUUGCCGGUCAUUUGUUGCCCACUGGCUGACAAGCAUGUCGAAGCACAGCGCAUUAGUGCCACAAAAUGCCAGGAGUACAAUAGUGCAGCGAGAAGUUUGCGCCUCAGUGAUACGAAUCGCAUCUUUUCCGGGAAACAAUGCGUUCCUAGCGUUCCAUUGAUUGUAGGCGGAGCCGUAACGCAUCAGGCGCUAUUUCCCCACAUGACGGCUCUCGGUUGGACCCAGGCUGAUAACGACAUAAAAUGGGGCUGCGGCGGCACACUGAUCAGUGAACUGUAUGUGCUAACGGCGGCACAUUGCGCAACAUCGGGUAGCAAACCACCGGACAUGGUGCGACUGGGCGCACAACAAUUGAACGUUACCAGUCCGUGGCAACAGGACAUUAAAAUUCUCAUCAUCAUACUGCAUCCAAAAUAUCGUUCAUCAUCCUACUACCAUGACAUAGCACUACUUAAGCUUACCAAGCGUGUCAAGUUGUCGGAGCGAGUGCGUCCCGCAUGUCUGUGGCAAGUGCCGGAUCUGCACAUCAAACUGGUGGUGGCCACGGGUUGGGGACGCACCGAGUUUCUGGGUGCUAAGUCGAAUGCUUUGCGUCAGGUGAAUUUAGAUAUGAUUAAGCAGCAGCGUUGCAAGCAAAUCUAUCGCAAGGAACGACGUCUCCCAAAUGGCAUCAUUGAUUCUCAGUUCUGUGCUGGAUAUUUGUCCGGUGGUAAGGACACGUGUCAGGGCGACUCCGGCGGACCGUUGCAUGCGGUGUUACCCGAGAACAACUGUGUGGCAUUCGUUGUGGGGAUAACAUCGUUUGGAAAAUUCUGUGCGGCGCCAAAUGCGCCAGGUGUUUACACCAAGCUGUACUCGUAUUUGGAUUGGGUUGAGAAGAUUGUAUUUAAAAAGCAUUAA